UCAUGUCAUCUGUUAUAUACCGUAUACGUCAUAAUCGCUCUCUCACCCUGUCAUGCUCCCCUGUUCGUUUUUGUGUGUGUGUGUGCAUAUUUCGCUUUUAUUGAUUGUCGUUUAUAGUGGAAGAAGUAUGUAUGUGCGAGUGAGUGCACGCACGUACACGCCCUACUAACGAUCGCCCGGGUUCCGAUGGUUUUAAAAUGUUUGGCCGACUUUUUUGUCGCCGAUUUGGCCGAAUGCCUCUCCCAAUCUGGCAAGUGGCAACCACGAGGCUCAAGGGGAGUGAACUCAUAAUUCAUAAAUCUAAUAAUUGAACCUGAGAGCCUGAAAGAGAAGACGCUAUUUAUUUUGGCCGUGGUGGCCUUGUGCUCGUCCACUGUUGUUUAAGCUUCAAUAGAUUCUAAUGAACUACAUGGAAGAUCGUAGACCAGGGGGAAAUGAAACUCAUCUGAAGGGAGAACAUUUCCUGCUUUGAGUGCUGUCUGCAUUUGAACAUUUUGCGCACUUUGUGUGCACUGAUCACAAGACAGAGAUUUGGUGUCUCUGUAGAACCGAACUGGGAAUAUUCUGCUUUCUGCACUUCUGAAAUCUAUUGGAUUUUGGAAGUGUAACCUCUCCCAGAGUAUACCAAAAGGUUUUUGGUUGCGACAGCCGCCCACUCGUGGCCGGUGUGACUUGCGUCUGGCCUUGGUGUUUGUGGCCUUGAGUCAGGAUCCCCCGUAGACGACCUGGUCCGUGCGGAGCGGCUGACACACAGCUGACACACAGCUGACACACACAGCAAGGAUGAGCUUCGGUCAGCCCAGCUACCCCCAGUACCCGUACCAGAGUGGCUAUAGUGUGCCGCCGCAGCCACAGCCACCAUCGCUGA